UGUGUACUACAUUGCUCCGAGACCCCAAGAUGCUCGGCGCGGGUCGUCGGUCUCGCGAGCCCACCAUCUGGCUAUAUUUGGCUCCAGACUCAGACCUGCGGCCAUCAGCGCGUGUACCAUUACCAUGGACCUUGGCGCAAUCAUUUGUUCCAUGAUCGACGGACUUACGCGAGGUCCAGAUAAAGAUGUUCAUGUCCCGAGCGUGGGCAGCCAAAAGUAUCCUUCUCGUCGUGUAGAAGUCAUAUACUUGUAAUUGACUAUCGAUGGGGUAGUAUGGGGUCCGACGGGACCGCUACG